AUGGAUCGCGAACAAUUUCGGGCUGCGGCCCAUUCGGCCAUUGACGAUAUCGUCAAUUACUUCGACUCCGUCCCGGAGCGCCGAGUCCUCCCCGCGGUCGACCCCGGCUACCUACGCCCAUUGAUCCCGGAGAACCCUCCGACCGAGCCAGAAGACUGGGCACAGAUCCAAGAAGAUGUCGAUACCAAAAUCAAGCCCGGUCUCACCCAUUGGCAGUCGCCCAACUUCAUGGCGUACUACCCGGCCAGCGUGACGUAUCCCAGUAUCCUGGGUGAGAUGUACUCGGCGACUUUUACAGCCCCGGCCUUCAACUGGUUGUGCUCGCCUGCGUGUACUGAGAUGGAGACUAUUGUGAUGGAUUGGGUUGCUAAGGCAUUGGGUCUGCCGGAGUGCUUCUUGAGUACGUCGAAGAAUCUCGGCGGUGGAGUUAUUCAGAACAGUGCCAGUGAUGCUAUCGCAACAAUGCUGGUUGCUGCCCGGGAGAGGCGGGUGCGCGAGAUGGUCCUCGCAGAGGGUUUAAAAGAGGGCACGACCGAAUACGAGGAGCGGAAAAUGGAUCUGCAGCCGAGGCUGGUCGCUAUUGCGAGUGAUCAGACGCACAGCAGUGCUGCGAAGGGUGCGUUGAUUGCGGGUACGCGGUUCCGGACCGUGUCUACACGAUUGGAGGAGAAUAUGGAGAUGACGGGCUCGCGGCUGCGGGAGGUGCUUGAGCAGUGCGACAAGGAUGGAUUGACGCCGUACCAUCUGACUAUGACUUUCGGUACUACCAAUACUUGCAGUGUGGAUCGGUUUGCUGAGAUCAAGGCCGUUCUGCAGGAGAAGCCUGCGUGGCAGCGUAUCUGGGUGCACGUGGAUGCUGCGUAUGCCGGAGCUGCUCUGGUGGCCGAUGAGUGGCAGUACAUUGCCAAGGAUUUUGCGGAAGGUGUGGAUAGUUUCAACAUGAACAUGCACAAGUGGUUGCUGGUCAACUUUGAUGCAAGCGUUCUUUUCGUCCGCAAUCGUCUCGACUUGACUAAUGCCCUCGACAUUACCCCGACAUACCUGCGCAACCCGUACUCUGACAUGGGCACCGUGAUCGACUAUCGCAACUGGUCAAUCUCGCUGGGCCGUCGCUUCCGUGCCCUGAAGAUCUGGUUCGUCAUGCGUAGCUACGGCCUGAACGGCAUGAAGGCACACAUUCGCAAGACCAUCGGGCUGGGAAAUACAUUCGCCGACCUCGUCCGUGGCCGGUCAGAUCUUUUCGAGAUCGUCACCCAGCCGGCCUUUGCCUUGACAGUGUUCCGCAUUAAGAACCCGCAGGUGGCCAAUGGCAAUGCCAAUAGUGUGGCCAUUGUGCAGAAGGACGAAGUGGCAGAUGGUAUUACGAAGAAGGUGUACGAGCUGAUUAAUGCGCGUGGAGAGAUUUUCAUUACUUCUACGGUCAUCGAUGGGAUCUAUGUCAUUCGCGUGGUGAGUGCCAAUCCCAUGGCCGAGGAGAAGUUUGUGCGUAAUGCGUUUGAGAUUGUGGUCCGGACGACUGAGGAGGUGCUGCAAGAGAAGAAAUAG